AUGCAUUUCACCAAGACCCUCCUCACCCUCCUCCCUGCCUCCCUCGCCCUGGCGAGCCCAACACCUCGCUCCGCCGACUCCAAGUCCAUCAGGUCCGAGGGGCCUGAAUGGAUCGUCGAGUCUCUCAAGCGCGCCUGCAACGACGCUGAUACUCAGUGCGACUGGUCCUUCCGCAUCAACACCCAGGACGCCGCCACCACCACAGACUGUUCCUUCUCCGUCCAGGGCAGUCCGGCCUCUCACACCAACGGACCCAAGGUCCAGUGCGGCGUCUUUUCCGUCCAGUCUGGGUACAAUGACCAGGUUGGAGACGACCCAUUCUCCGCCGUGCCCAUUUCCUACGAGGCCCGGAACCUCAUCAUCUUCCCUUCGUACAAGGAGACGCAGCUCGCAGGUGGCCAGGUGGUCUCGCCUGAUCAGCGCUUCUCCCCGAUCAAGAUUGGGUACCCUUAA